AACCCUAUAAACUAUAAAGAGAGAAUAUUCAUCCAGCGGUAAGGCAGUCGCUGCUCAGUCUUAUUCUUCCAUCUCCGUCUUCCCUUUCUGGUUUUUUCUCGGAAACCAAACACUCCCGUCGCCCGCCACCCUAACUGCAAUCCAAUAGCCUCCGAAAAAAUGACAGCAGCGGCGCCCAUAGUUCCCGACAACCUCACCAGAGACCAGUACGUUUACCUGGCCAAGCUCGCCGAGCAAGCGGAGCGCUAUGAAGAAAUGGUCCAGUUCAUGGAGAAGCUCGUUCUCGCUUCUACUCCCGCGGCGGAGCUCACUGUCGAGGAGCGGAACCUACUCUCCGUCGCCUACAAGAACGUCAUCGGCUCUCUUCGCGCGGCCUGGAGAAUCGUCUCCUCGAUCGAGCAGAAGGAGGAAGGCAGGAAGAACGAGGAGCAUGUGGUGCUCGUCAAGGAUUACAGAUCUAAGGUGGAGAACGAGCUCUCCGAUGUCUGCGCUAGCAUUUUGAACUUGCUUGACUCGAAUCUGGUGCCAUCCGCUGCUUCCAGUGAAUCCAAGGUGUUUUACUUGAAGAUGAAGGGAGAUUACCAUAGGUAUAUGGCCGAGUUCAAGGUUGGUGAUGAGAGGAAGACGGCUGCUGAAGAUACUAUGCUUGCUUAUAAGGCUGCUCAGGAUAUUGCUGCUGCGGAUCUUGCCCCGACACAUCCUAUUAGGUUGGGCCUGGCACUCAAUUUCUCUGUGUUCUACUUCGAGAUCCUCAACCAGUCUGACAAAGCUUGCAGUAUGGCUAAACAGGCUUUUGAGGAAGCGAUUGCUGAAAUAGACACAUUGGGUGAAGAAUCGUACAAAGACAGCACCUUGAUCAUGCAACUUCUAAGGGACAACCUUACUCUGUGGACAUCAGAUGUGCAGGAACAAUUGGAUGAGCCCUAGAGAUGGCCGGCAGGGAAUCAACUUGGGGGGAACAGUCCUAGUCUUCUUUUGUGAAGAAGGAGGUGGGCUUUGAAUGUCAUGUUAUUCGGUGGUCCUUGAUUAUGACCUGAAAAGUUGUGUUUAGUUUGAUGGAGAAACCUUUUGCAUAAAAAAACACCCGAUGGACGAGAUGCUGAUUUUUCAUGUAUUUGAAGACCUAAAACUGGCUUUUGAAUUGCAGUCAAAGUCCAAGGAGGAAGUGUUAGCUUUAUGAUCAUGUGCCUUCCUUUUUUGCUUAUUAUGCUUUGGCGUUAUGUUCCUUUUACUAGAUUCUUUCUCUAGCAUGGGAGAUAUAGUUCAUCAGUCCAGCUGGACAUGAUUUGUUGUUUUAUACCUUCCUAGUGGACGCCAUUAUCUACUGAUAGGUGUUUUACGGAGAGUUUGCCGAUUUUUUUCCAGAAAGAAUUUUUUUUUUCAAAAAUACAACCCAUUUCCGAAAUUUUUUUCCAAAAAUAUUACCAUUUCUCAAAACCACCUGGUGGGGGCAUGCAUGGGUUCCGAUGUAAACCGCAUGAGUGGGGCAGUUUUGGUGACCGCAUGGGUCGGGCCGGUUUGGUUCAUUUUUUUUAUAAAUUUAAACGAGCGUAUUUUUGUGUUCGGGUAUUCAUCGUAACGAAUUUUUUUUUGAUUCUGCAUAACUUUUCGAGAUCUUGCAGCAGGCGGUUUGGUCUCGCCUUCGUUCCGAAAAAACGUCGUUUGCUACCCCGAAUGAGCUUUUUCCGAUUUUGCCAAACUUUGUACGGUCAUAACUUUGUGCUCCGCACUCCGAACGUCAUGAAUUUUUUUAUAUUUAGCAUAUCUUUUUAAGGACUACGUCUUUUAGUAGGAAGGAAUUAUCAAAGCAUGAAUUAUUUUUGGAUAUACAGGAUUUUGGCAAUAACAUUACCUUCACUUUUCACAAAUUCACGUAUAUUCCGAAAAUGAUGGCUUAUGAUAAAAAUUAAUUACGGUAAGGUCUAUUUAGUAUUUAGCAACAACUCAAAUUGUGCUGUUUUUGCAAGAAUUCUAUCUACAGUUAGUGCUUAAUUGUAACUAUCCAAAUGUGAGAUAUACUUUGGGAUGAAUCUGCCCUCUUUAAGCAAAAUGCCUCACAACAAACUGGUUUCAAGGAGGGCUAUCUACCUUUGAGAUACCUAAGAUUGCCUUUGAUAUCAGCACGCAAUCGAAUAAAGAGAGACAUGUGUUGAUUUCUAAACUACAAAUAAAGUUCAAUAUUGGAGAGCUAAUAAUAUGUUCUAAACUCAGGUAUCUACCUGUGAGAUACCUGAGAUUGUCUUUGAUAUCAGGCACGCAAUCGAGAGCACUUUUACUAUGCUAUAUAGCAUUGGUGUUUAUUGUACAACUUAAAGUUGUACCAUAACAUUAAAUGUAUAAGUUUAGG